AUGGUGCUCGCACUAGCAUUGAAAGCAGAGCUGAACGGCGUCACCGACCUCCGCCCCAACGACACGGAAGACGCGCCCUUUUUCUACACAUUCAAGGUCCAAUGCACGUCAUGUCGCGAAGUGCACCCCAACCCUGUCUCGGUCAAUCGCUUCGAGAUGAACGAGCAGAGCGGCAGCAAGGGUGAAGCCAACUUUGUCUGGAGGUGUAAGAACUCCGCGCCUACCUCCUACGAACAAAGCGACCCACCCAAGAAGACCAACAUCCUCAUGUUCGACUGCAGAGGCCUAGAGUUCGUCGAAUUCAUCGCCGAGGGAGAGUUCCUCGCGACAGGCACGGAAUCAGGCACCAAGUUCUCUGGUAUUGAGCUACCUGACGGCGAAUGGUACGACUACGACGAGAAGGCUGGCGAGGAAGUUAGCAUCACGAACGUCGAGUGGGAAAUACGUCGCGCGUAG